GCAUUUGUUGCGCUGGUGGUGCUGGUGCACUUCACUGGAAACCUCGGUGGCUUUGACCAGGAGAUCCAGUACUUGGAGAUGUUUGCUGGAGCUGCUAAUGUGUGGCGGUGUGUCACACAAUCCUAUCCUGCCGCACGAGUUGAUCUGACUUACGCUGAUCAAAAUGGUGAUCUGCAUUUGGUUGGUGCUUCAGUGCGCCGAGCAAGAUUUCUUCAGCCUACUUGCUGUGGUCUGUUCUUCAUGGUCACCAGUGAACAUUGCCACUUCGAAGCGAAGUGUUGCCUACCCAUCAGGAAACACUGCGUUAGCAUAUGUGGCAGAAGCCAACUGCAUGUGCGCGCGUUCCGUCCUUAUUGCUCUCCUCAUCGCUGCGCGUGGUGGGACGUUUUUCGUGGAGCAACCCGGUGGAUCAUACAUGGAGUACUAUGACAAAAUGCAAUGGCUUUUUGACAGGUUGCCAGUCUACAAAGUGCGCUGGUGGAUGGGGCACUACGGACAUGUUUCCCCAAAGCGUCACAAGGCAUUCACCAACAACAAAUGGGCGGCCAAGUUCAAUCUAGGAAAGAUGAAGCUCAAGAGGUUCCGUGCAUCCCAGGACCCUCAGGACAAGCCAACUGUUCGAUAUGUGGACAAGCGUGGCCGCAGUCGUUUCCAUGGAAAUGCCUCGUUGAAGCUUUCCCAGUGGCCUGGUGUGAUUGGGAGGGAACCAAAAAGUGAGCCACAUUCAUCAGAUCCCUUUUCUAUUGAUCCCAAACAUGGACUUGCCCACGAGUGUGCAGCUUCCUUCCUGCCAAGGGUCUACCCUGUGCGAUUCGGCUGGAAGACGGUGGAGCUGAUGCCGAAGCUCAAAUCCAGAGGCCAAGGGAGGCCAGUUCUUCCUGAGACACUGCCGAGUGGCCCCGAGAUCUUCAAUGCCAUGUCUUGGCAUACUGAGAAAGAUUGGAGUGACGCCCGCCUAAAGCCAGUGCUAGUCUACUUGAAGGGCAACAGAUCCCUCAACCUCCCAGAUAGCUGGAAGGCGGUUUUCCCACGGCACGUUUGA